UCCUCUAUGUAUCCAGGACUCUGGCGGCAUGAAGACCUCCCUUCAGGCGGUGGCACUGUGGGGAAAGAAGGCCCCUCCACACAGCAUCUCUGCCAUCAUGAUCACCGACGACCAGCAGACCAUUGUGACCGGAAGCCAGGAGGGUCAACUCUGCCUCUGGAACCUCUCAUCUGAGCUGCAGAUCUCAGCUAAAGAACUCCUCUUCGGUCAUUCAGCAGCUGUGAGGUGCCUGGCCCGUGCGGGGGACUUCUCCAAACAGCCCUACGUCGUGAGCGCUGCUGAGAAUGGGGAGAUGUGUGUGUGGAACGUCACCAGCGGACAGUGCGUGCAGCAGGCCACCCUCCCCUACAGGCACACGGCUAUCUGCUAUUAUCACUGCUCCUCCCGGAUGGCAGGCGAUGGCUGGCUGCUGUGCUGCGGGGAGUACCAGGAUGUGCUGGUCAUGGACGCCAGGACUCUGGCCGUGGUCCACGCGCUGGCAUCCUCUCAGUGCCCAGACUGGGUCACCUGCAUGUGCAUCGUCCACUCCGUGAGGGUCCAAGAAGAUUCUCUGCUGGCUGUGACAGUGACCGGGGAUCUCAAAGUGUGGGACCUCUCCUCAGCUAUCAACAGCAUCCAGGAAAAACAAGAUGUCUAUGAAAAAGAAUCCAAAUUUCUGGACUCCAUGAACUGCCAGACGAUACGAUUUUGCACGUACACAGAGAGACUUCUGUUGGUGGUGUUUCCUAGGUGUUGGAAGGUGUAUGAUUACUGCGACUUUUCCCUCCUGUGGUCGGAGGACAGCAGCAGCGGGAGUCUCUUUGCGGGAGGAGAGGUGCUGGCGGCCCACAGGGUCCUCAUCUGGACCGAAGACGGCCGCAGCUACAUCUAUCAGCUGCUGAACAGUGGGCUUUCCAAAAGCAGCAACCCAGCCGACGGGAGGCUGCUAAAAGAGACCGUUUAUCCACAUUUACUGUGCUCUGCUUCCGCGGAGGAAAAUCAGAGCCUUCCCUUUGUCAUGGGCUACAUGAAUGAAAGGAAGGAACCUUUCUACAAGGUGCUGUUCUCUGGAGAAGUGUCAGGAAGGAUUACUCUGUGGCACAUCCCUGAUGUUCCGGUGACCAAGUUCGAUGGUUCUCCAAGAGAGAUCCCGAUCACCACCACCUGGGCCCUUCAAGAUAAUUUUGAUAGGCAUCAGACACUGUCACAAAGCAUCCUGGACAGGUUCUCUGGGUCUGGGGAUGAGGCCGGGGCUCCGGCUGUCACGACAUCAGAGUAUGUGCCCAGCCUGGACAGACUCAUCUGCGGCUGCGAGGAUGGUGCCAUCUUUGUCACACAGGCGCUGAAUGUGGCCAGAGCAGGGCUCCUGCAUAGCGGUUCUGUGCCAGAUUCCCCAGCUCACAAAGUCCUUAAUGGCCACCAGCACAGUGUGACUUCCUUACUGUACCCUCAUGGCCUCUCUUCAAAGUUGGACCAAAGCUGGCUGCUGUCAGGAGACCAGAGCUCAUGCGUCAUCCUGUGGGACAUCUUUACCGAAGAAUUGUUGCAUACUUUCUUUUUGGAAGCAGGGCCAGUAACGAGUCUUCUGAUGUCACCAGAGAACUUCAGACAAGGCGUGUUGCUGUCUCCCAACGACUGGACCGUGUGCUGUGUGUGCGGUGACCACUCGGUAGCCCUCCUGCACCUGGAAGAGAAGAGGUUCCUCCUGCAGGCCCGGAAGCACCUCUUCCCUGUGACUGCCAUCAAAUGGCACCCGGUGGAGAACUUCCUGAUUGUUGGGUGCGCCGAUGACUCUGCCUACAUCUGGGAGAUUGAAACAGGCACUUUGGAAAGACAUGAGACAGGAGAAAGAGCGAGAAUUAUUCUUAAUUGCUGUGGUGCCUCGCAGCUUUUGACGCCUGAGCCGGCACCGUCAGCCCCCUGGGAGACCUGGAGGCACGGAAGUGUGGAGCAGGGGCUCCUGGGCUGCCCCGGUCUGCAGGCAGAGGCCCUGUGGCAGGCUGCAGAGCCCGAGGCCUCCCAGAGGCCCUUUAACAUCUUGCCCGUGAAGACCAAGUGGAGCAGCGUUGGCUUCCACGUCCUUCUGUUUGACCUGGAGAACCUCAUGGAACUUCUGCUGCCCGCUCCACCGAGCGACACUGGCCCCUCGGGCUCCUUCCACGGCAGUGAGCUGCUGCGAAGAGCCAGGAGCACGGUGGGCAGGAAGACGCUGACCACGAAGAGGAGCGGAGCCGCCAGCCCCCCAGAGCCCCAAGCCCCUCCAGCGGCUGUUGGCCCGGCCCAGGGCAAGGAUGCCAUCACCUUCCUGGAGGAAAGCCAGGGCAUUAAGUGGCAGAAGAAGACUAAAAGCUCCCGGAAGAUGCUUCCUCGGCCAGCACGACGGGUGAACACCAGCCUCACCCUGGACACAGCAAAGCUGUUCCUGUCAUGCCUCCUGCCCUGGGGUGUGGAUCCGGAAUUGGACCAUCUCUGCACCAGGCACCUCAAUAUCCUGAGGCUUCAGGGGCCUGUCUCUUUAGGCCUUGCUUCCAACAAGGGCCACUUCUCCCUGAUGCUGCCAGGGGGUGAUUUGUGCAGCCCCGAAACAAAGACAGAGCACUCAAGGGUGAAUUUGUUUUCCAGAAAAGUUUUGGACUUGUCAAAUAAAUACACAGCCACUCUGCCAAGCUCCCUGGGGACAUCAAGAGGACUGGAAGACGAUUGUGACUGUUUGCAAGAGUCCAACACCAUCACUUAUCUAGUGAGCAGACUGUUUUUAGUUAAUAAGUUAGUUAACAUGCCUUUAGAAUUGGCCUGCAAAACUGACAGAUCCUUCAAAGUGAACUCUAUACAUAAUAAGGUGAAGAGUCCUGUGAAUGAUAUUUUGAAUAUCUCAAGCUUCUAUGGUUAUACAAGAAAUGGUAAGACCAACUCUCUGAUUCCUGAGGCUGACCUUUCCCUCGUGAAGUUGAUUUCUUGUUGGCGAGACCAGUCUGUGCAGGUAACUGAAGCGAUACAAGCUGUCCUGUUGGCCGAGGUUGAGCAGCACAUGAAGAGUCUGAGGAAGACCCCAGCGGACAGUUGUCCUGUGUCCCUGGGGCAGACAGACAGCAGGGACAGGGUGCCAGCCCCGCCUGAGGUGGACCGGCCUGAGGUGGACCUGGAGCUACAGCCCGUCUGGAGCGCUUGGCAGCAGUGCUUUGCCGUGGGUCCUACGGAGCAUGACAGCAGCUCAGAGGUGGCCCACUUCCAGGGCUCGGAGGCUGCACCUGACAGAUGCGUCCUGGAAGGAUCUGAGAAUCCAGGUGAAAGCCGUUUACAAACAGUCGAGUAUGAAAUGAUGACUCUGACACUGAUUUGGGGCCUGGGGGCUGUAGUGCUGUUUUCUCUUAGCAGCUGCACUGUCAAAUUAAUGGUCACCUCCAGAGGUCAUGGUGCGGAGCAGUUGUCUCCCACUUUCCUCAGGAAAUCAGUCGGAGGAGGACCAAGGCCGGUGGCCGAGAGCUGCUCUCGCGAUUAGUUCAUUGUCGUCCAUUUUAGGCUGAACGUGUGGAGACUGGGAACCAGAGAAGUUGACAUUUUAAAUACUUCAGAUAAAGAGACUGGAAAGUGGGGCACCCACCCCGGGGAGGUGGGCGGGGCGCGCAGCCUGGCCCUCACUGAGCACCAGUGGGCCUCCUGGAAGGGGCAGCAGCGGGACGCAGUGUGCUGUCCAACAGACACAAGGUGGCAACGCUGCCUCACGCACGCAGCUGUGCACGGUGUCACUGCCACUUGCGGAAGGUCCUGCCAGACGCACUUGAGCAGGCGUCUUUGCUUCCGGUUUUGGUGUGUUUUACACUUGCCUCAUCUUAAUGAUCAGUCAGCUAAAGGAGAGUCUCGUACAUGCUGCCCGACAUUUGGGGUCGCGCCAGAGCCCUGGUGCCAGGAGGUCCCUUAUCACUGGACGCUGAGCCACGAGGGGCUGCUGCUGCCCCACUGCAUCUGGCCCUUGGUCAGGCCUCUCUCGGCCUCUGUGCUCGCCUGUUUCCUGCCUUUGAUCCGGCCUCUCCACGGCCUGUCAGCUUGGUUAAGAGAUUUCCAAAUGCUGCAUCCUUCCCUGACGGCGCCAGCUGUCAGCAGUCCCCUGCUCCUUCCCUGAGAUUUAAUUUUCAGGGAGAGGUGUGGCCUGAAAUCUGUGUCAGGUCUCCAACGUGGUCUCGGGAACCCGUAGGCCCAGUGUCGGCGGCUUCGCACACGGACCCCAACCACACCAGAUUCCUCCAGAGACGGUGCGGCCACUCCAGUGCCCGGCCUCAGCCACACCUCUGCCCGGCGUGCACGGCCCCAAGAGACGGCCUCACUGCUGACCAGGGAAAGUCUCUUGUGGGAUUCACCCAUCUCUGCCCUCACGGCCAGAAGGAAAGUGUGAUUCACCUCACUGACAAGGGGUGCAAGUGGUGGUGUCCAGCAUCUGUGAUAAAAGCUGUAUUUAAAUUACUUUUAGUUUGGACUCAGAUUGUCUCAUUCUGCAUAGGUUUCCACAGUGUCUUAAUAAACUGUUUCCCGUCAACCCUUUUGUCAGGCAGUCACAUCCGGGAGGCAAGUGUUUGCCUUAGAGUUCAUUGCUUUUGACAAGAGCAGAGCAGCUCUGGGCCUCUGCAGAAGGAGAAGGCAUCUCCCUCCUCCCUGUGCAGGCCCAAGACUGCAGUGAGAUUCAGACAAGAGCGAACCCUGCCUGGCCGAUGCAAACAAAGGGACAUACCCAAAACAGAAAGAUGCACCCUAACUUCCAGAGUGAGCAUCUCCCGUGCCUCAGCCAUCAUCAUGCUGGUAAUAAAGAAUGAAUCGCUCCAGCUCUUUCCUCUGUCCAUCCCUGAAUUUUAAGACAUCUUGCCUUAUAGGCCUGCAAACCUCUGGAGGCUUCAGGACUGGUCUCACUGCCUUCCACCGAGAAUUUGUGGCUUGGUUGUCAUGGAGACAUCGUAUUUCUCCAAGAAUUGCUCAUAUUGAUCCGUGGCCAGGCGUAAAUGGCCAGGCGAGUGUGAGGAAUGGGGGCUGGGCCAUCCUCGAAAAUGACCAGGGCUGUAGGUUGAAAAUCAGCUCAUGGCAAACACUUAGGUAAAAAGAAAGAAGCAGUUUGAUUUUGUUUCAGCGUUUCUUUCUGCACUUUGGGCCAUUGUCUUCAUCCACAAGGGACCAAAAGAAACUUGUUAGCCGCUUGUCAUGUCAGAUCUUUGGUGCUGGUCCUGACACAGCUGUCAGCCUUCGGCUCAGUGCAGUUCAGGGACGCACAACAAAGCGGCAGUGACAUGAAUUAUUUAUGGCUCCUCAUGUGGAUAAAAUUCUGUGAUAAGAAAUUAAGACACUUCUGAAAGAGGUGCUUGUUUAGGAAGAAAGAUUUUGAUGAGAGAGUAUUUCCUUCAAGUCAAGACGUGUGGUAGGUAACAUUCUUACAAUGGAGCCCAGAGGAAGAUACGUUUUGUAUUUCUGGAAUGAAUUUGGUUACCUAGAGGACUUUCUGGAACUGUGAAAAUGUAGCUGUUCACUUUUCAGUGUCCCAAAGUGAACCUCAGAAUAUCAGGGAUCUAAACUGACCACGUGUGAGUGCUGCUUGUCUGGAACACAUUAACCGUUGUAGUUAAAAGAAAAAACCAAAUUGGGGGAUUUUCAAGGGUGACAUCAAACCAGUAAGGGUGCUACAGAACCAAAACUUGCAAUUUUGUUCAUUGGUAAUUCAUUGUAUGGAAAGGGGCUGGUUUAAAUCUGAAUGCAACAUUCUUAACAUUUCCAACCAGAAUAUUAGCACUCAUUGGAAAUUCCUUAUAACAUUUUCAUGUACGUGAAGAUCCCCACUUACAGAGUUGAAGUGGUCAGUCUUCUGGCUGUAAAGAGUAUUGACCUUACAGAGUUCUAGCUAUGCAAUGUUAAAUGACUAUAUAUUUAUUACAUUAUUUCACAUGAAUAGGGCACAGCAUACAGAAAACGAGAGAUCAUUUUCCACACAAGCACAGCUCACCAGCAUUACUUCAUAUGCUGUUCUUUCCAGACAAAGGCUUUUCUUUGUGGUCCCCUAGCCAUCUUGUGUAGCACUUAGAACUUCAGUUGCUAAUACAACUCAUUUGCAUAUCCAGAAAUCAAGGAUACUUAAGCACAGAAAAACUAAAGUAGAAAAUUUU